GAAACAACCAACUCGCAUUCCAAUCACCUCUCGAAUUCUACCACUUCAACAAUGUCUUCUUCCGCUAACAACACCGCUUCUGGCGAGCCUUCAAAGGUCUCUGGCCAAUUCCACUCCAUGAAGGGUACCGCCGUCGAGGCCAUCGGUAACCUCACCGGCUCAGCCGAAUGGCAGCGCUCCGGAAAGGAGGAGCACGCCGCCGGCGAGGCUGAGAUCAAUGCUGCAAAGGCCAAGGCCUACGCCGAAGGCGCUGCUGAUCGCCUCGUUGGAAAGAAGGACUCCAUCGUCGGUGCUGUCACUGGUGACCGAAGCCAACAGGCUGAAGGAAAUCUUCGUCAGGAGAAGGGCGAGACGAAGCAGGAGUUCAACAAGUUCUGAAUGGAGAAUCACGGACUAUUGAGAUCUUGUAGUAAACUUUUAUUCCCUCGUGUAUUCGGCUUGAGCCCUUGAAUGGUUGUAACUGGGUUUAUGGAUAAUGGACAUUAGGGGGCCGUAUUCUGGUGUCAAUGUCAUUGUGAUCAGAGAUGUUGGGAGUA